ACUAUUAUUUUUUGAGAGAUGUUGGGACGAUUAUUUAUUAGUUUACUGGACAUAUGCAGAUAGAAAUUGUUAAAUCAAUCUAGAAGUAAUUCUGGUUCACCUACUACAGCUUGCAUUACAUUAUAUUUUAGAACAAGGUGGUCAGAAAUAGACUCAAUUGGCUGCCAUUCAUACAUCGACAAAAGACUGGAGAUCGAUCAAUCUGCAAAUUAGAUCUGGAGGUUUAGUUGUUGUUUUCGUUUUGGCGAAGAGAGAGUAAGUAGUAGAGAGAAUGGCUGAGGCAGUUGUUUCCUUUGUGCUCGAAAGUGUCAGAGACUUCACCAUUGAGGAAGCCAAGUUCUUGUCUGGAGUCAGCCAUCAAGUUGAGGUCGCACAAACUGAGCUACAAUUGAUGCAGGGCUUCCUCAAAGAUGCAGAUGCAAGACAAGGACAAGAUGAAACAGUCCGUAUUUGGGUUGCCAAGAUUAGGGAUGCUGCUUAUGAUUUGGAGGAUGUCAUCCAAACUUAUGGCUUGAAAGUGGAUUCCAAGAAGCAGGAAAGCGGCCUCAAGAAUGUUUUCAAAAGAUUUGCCAGGACCUUCAAGGAAGGGGUUGAUGUUCACAGGAUUGGGAACGAAAUUGAGAAUAUCACCACCAGAAUUUCUGAUUUGAGGUCAAGUUUGCAGAAGUAUAGCAUAAAGGAACUAACAACGGACAGAGACGGUAGUGGUGGUGAAUCUUCCUUGCAAUUGCAUGAGAGGCUAAGGAGAAGUUAUUCUCAUGUUGUUGAACGUGAUGUUGUUGGGUUAGAGUCCAACGUUAAAGAAUUGGUUAUGCAUUUAGUGAAAGAUAAAAAUCGUCAUCCAGUUGUAUCUAUUUGGGGAAUGGGCGGUUUAGGGAAGACCACCCUUGCAAAACAGGUUUAUCAUCACAAAAAAGUAAGGCAACAUUUUCAUAGUUUUGCUUGGGUCUGUGUAUCUCAACGUUAUCAAGUAAGAAAUGUUUGGGAGGGAAUUUUAUUUGAAGUCAUUUCUGCUACCAAGGAACAAAGACAAGAAAUGAAGGACAUGACAGAUGAUGAAAUAGCAAAGAAGCUUUUCCGUGUUAUGCAAAAAAUGAAAUGUUUGGUGAUCCUUGAUGACAUAUGGAGAAUCGAGACAUGGAAUCUUUUGAAGGCUGCAUUUCCAGAUGAGGAAACAGAGAGCACAAUAUUGCUUACUACACGCAGUCAAAAAGUAGCCACGCUCCCAAAUAGAAAUGCUUUUCUCCACGAACUCCAGCCACUCAAUGAGAAUGAGAGUUGGAACCUACUUGAGAAGAAAGCAAUAUCUAAAAGGGCCGAUAACGAUUUGGGAAUGUACACAAAAAAGAGAGAAUUAGGAAUGAAUAUGCUUCGACGUUGUAAAGGUUUGCCAUUAGCCAUUAUUGUGCUUGCUGGAGUUCUAGCAAGAAAAAGCACUGUUGGAGAGUGGGAGAGAGUGCAUGAGAAUGUUCAUGAAUACAUAAGGAGAGGGAUAGGUCAUGAAGAAGAAUAUGAAGGUGCAUCAUGGGUUUUGGCAUUGAGUUAUGAUGACCUACCUUAUUACUUAAAACCAUGUUUUUUAUAUUUAGGUCAGUAUCCUGAAGAUUGUAUUAUUUCGGUAAGCACAUUGACUAAGUUAUGGGUGGCAGAAGGUCUUAUCUUCUUGAGACAACAAAGACAUGGUUCGGAGAAAACAAUAGAGGAUAUAGCACGUGAUUGCUUAAGUGAGUUGGUGGAAAUGAGUUUGGUUCAAGUGGGAACAAGUGGUUCAACUGGGACAAUUAAAAAUUGUCGAAUCCAUGAUCUUGUACGAGACAUGUGUUUGUUAAAGGCAAAAGAGGAAAGCUUUCUCCAAAUUAACUAUUCUUUGCAAGAAAAUACUUCUUCUGUGGCAGCCGAGGCAGCACAAUUGGGGAAAAUUCGAAGACUUGCAAUUUACUUGGAUGAGAACGCAGAUAGGUUGGUUUCUUCAAGAGACAAAACAAAUGGGCACGUAAGGUCUCUAUUAUUCUUUGGCCUAAGAGAAUGGAGGCCAAUAAGUGAAAAAGGAUUACUAUCUCCGUUGAAGGAUUUCAAAAUGCUUAGAGUUUUGAAGCUUGAAGGUCUUUGUGCAAGAGAAUUUGGCUCGUCAAAUGCAAGAGAAGUUGACUUGCCAAGUGAAAUUGGAAAUAUGGUACACUUAAGGUUUCUAAGUGUGAGGAGUAGCAAUAUAAGAACGUUUCCGCCAUCCCUAGGUAAUUUAGUAUGCUUGCAAACUCUUGAUUUUCGUGUUAGGAAUGACGACAUGGUCAUCCCAGAUGUGAUAAUGAAGAUGAAACAAUUAAGACAUUUAUAUUUACCCUGGACUUACAGAGCAAAGGGUAAGCUGGAGCUGUCUGCUCUUGGCCAUCUACAGACCUUACAUAACCUUUCAAGUGAGUAUUGUGAUUUGAAAGAUGUUGGUAGAUUAACCAAUCUUAGAAAACUGAAAAUAAGAGUGUUAGGCUCUUUGCAAAAUCUGGAGGAAAUCUUAAAAUCUACAGGCAGCACGCUUAACCGUAUUCGGUCUCUAAUUGUGAAAAAUGACACGAAUAGCAGUGAAGAGCAAGCUAUGCAAAUAGUAUCAAGCUGUCGGGGUAUAUACAAAUUGACGUUGGAUGGGCCAAUCGCAGAAUUACCGAAAGAGCUCCACAACUAUUCAAACCUCACCAAGUUAGUAUUGUGGAGUUGUGGUCUCAAGGAGGACCAAAUGGGAAUACUAGAGAAGCUGCCAAACCUAACAAUUUUGAAGCUUUUAGGAGAAGCUUUCGAGGAGAAAACAAAGAUACUGGUUUUCUCCAAAGGAGGCUUUCCUUCUCUUGAAGUUCUUUAUGUUUCUAGAAUGCACCAAAUAACAGAGCUGAGGGUAGAGGAAGGAGCCAUGCCUCUUCUCUGUCGAUUGCACAUCCAAAAUUGCAGGAGAUUAACGACGCUUCCAGAUGAGCUGAGAUAUCUUACUAAUCUCAGGGAAUUAACCAUCAGAGGGAUGCCUAGAGAACUCCACCGUCGGAUUGAGGAAGAUGGAGAGGAUUUCUAUAAAAUUCAACAUGUACCUUCCCUUGUAAUUGGAGAACCAUCCCGCUUGCGAUGAUGGCAAGCUACAUGUAGGAACUGAUAUUGAGAAAGUAUGUUGAAGCUCUGCAGCAGAGGGAGCAUGUGCGAAGCUAAACUUACCUGGAGAAGAAAGAAAUGCUCUGUGAAAUCAAGAGGAGCAAAGAUGUGGUCAACUAGUUUAAAGUUCAUUACAAGCUUUUGGGUCUAGUGGUUGUCCAACAGUACAUUUAUGUUACACUACUGAGAAUAUUAAAAUUUCCUUGAUGAAACCUUGUAUUUGUAUUCCUCUUUUGUGUCUGCUUUCAACUAAGAAUAUUUGAGCCUGUGGGCAUUUAAACUGA